GAUAGAAAUGGUAUGCUUUACGGUUAUCCAGUGAAACUUUCCAUAGAAGGUUUUGACUGGAUGUAAGAAACUAAAACAAAAUGAAGUCCACAGGUCGACCUAAACCGAAAAAGAUAUCCAAACACAAGAAAAAGGGAUGGAAAACGAUCGAUACUACAGCUUUAGAAGACUUUUUAGACGAACGUAGUUUUGAGGAACGAACAGGUGGUACCAUCUCAGAUAAAAGUAAUAGUGAACUAUUCUUUGUAGAUAAACAAGUUGAUUUAACAACAACAGACGGUGAAAAACCCAACAGAAGAAAUAAGAAAUUAAGAUGUUUCAGUAUUCUAGAACCAGAUACAAGAAUAAAAGCUGUAAAUUUAGGAAAAAGCUCAAAGUCACAAAAUAUAAAACGGCUUCAUCCGGAUAUGAAAAAAAGAAAAAUUGACAAAGAAGAAAAAUCGUUUGAAGCAGAAUUAAAUAAAUUUCACACUAGGAAUCUAAGGCAGCGUAAAUAUAGACAAAAUGCACCAAACUUACUGGUUAAAGAUUACGAUCUGUGGAAAGAUUUGCCAGACACACCAAAAGAAGGUGAAGAUCAUAUAUUAGAUGUUACAAUUACAAAACCUGUCAAGCCACCAAAGAAUCAUUAUAAGAAACCGUCUGCUGUUCCAGCUGUGACUGAACCUCAUCCAGGAAUGUCUUAUAAUCCAACAUAUGGUGAUCAUCAGAAUUUACUGGGAAAGGCAUUAAGAGUUGAAUUGAAGAAGAAGAAAGAUGAAGAGAAAAUACUAAAAGAAACUGUUCUCAAGAAAAUUGAAGUUGAGGAAAAAGUAAAAACUAAAGAAGUUAAAAAUGAUAAAGAUGAGACAUCGGAAGAGGAUGAAGAAAUGUCUGAUGAAGACUUGAUGUCAACUGGUCUUAAUCCUGCUGUUCGUAGAGAAGAUAGAAAGUCAUACAAACAAAAGCAACAUGAUUGGAAAGUUAAAAUAAGGGCCCGACAGAAGAAUGCUUUAAAGUCAAUAAGGAUUAGAGAGAGUGAAGUAUAUAGGUUGGUAUUUUAUCAUAAUCUAUUUGAAGAUGCUGAUAUCGAUUUACAACUAGGAAAAGAACUUAGUGGUUCUCUUAGAAAACUGAAGCCUGAAGGUAAUGUUAUGUCAGAUAGAUAUAAAAGUUAUCAGAAGAGAAAUAUUAUACCAGCACCAGCAGGCAUACAAAAACGUAAAUUAGCACAUGUUAAAUUCUAUGAGAAAAGGGGGCAUAGGGAGAUAUCAGAACAAGAUGCUGCUAAGAAUAAGAAGUGA